CAAAUAUUCGACAAACAGAAAUAAGUAUGGAGUAUUUGGUUCCGAGCGAAAAAAAGGUACCAUGUAAACAUCAGGGUGCAGUAGCCACUAAAUAUCAUGUUGAGUCUCUAAAUUUUUUCUCAUCUUUAAUGCCUAAUGAUCGUGCUCGCUUUGCAUAUAUUGCAUGUG